AUGGAGGUCAUAUCUUCCCUAUAUGCUGAACAUGCAUCUGGUAAUAGCAAAAUGGGUAUUGACUUGAAGGAAGUUUGUGUGCCAGCAAAGUUGCCUUUUUGUUUUAGAUACCAAGUGACUGCCGACACGACCAUUGUGACUGAAAAAGUGAAGGAAAUGGAUGAGAAUUUUCAUGUUUCUGAGAAGACCAAGACUGCAAUUUCAGCUGCUGAGCAGACAGUCAGUAAUGCUGGAUCUGCCAUUAUGAAGAAUCGGUAUAUUUUAACUGGGGCUACAUGGGUUACUGGUGCAUUCAGUAAGGUUGCCAAGGCAGCAGGGGAAGCAGAGCAGAAGGCAAAGGAAAAGGUCUUAGCUGAGGAAGAUCAGGAGAAAAAAGUGAAAGGCUCUGCUCAGACCCAUGAAACUGAAUCCCCAAAAAAUGAGCCCUCCAAAACCACACCGGCACAGGGAUUGAUCCUCUGAAACUCCAAUACUAGCAUACAUUUUUGCGUACAAAGUUUAGGCUUUGUCAUCAUAUUAAAG